GUGAUUAACAAAAAAACAAACAAACUUAGUUCAUUCUACUUCUAGUAGUAAUUUUCCUUUAAUUAGAUUGGAAUACUUAGAGGAAUUCAAUCCAUUUUCGUAACUACAAUGGCAUCAACAGCAUUAUGUCGUUUGUGUAUUUGUGCCCACAGUGAAUUUAAGAAUCUCUAUGAUAAAAUUGGACAGGGGAAUGAAAUUUACGAAAUUACUGUAAAAUAUUUUGAUCCUAUGUUCCUUAACUCCCAGCAAUACCCGCAACUGUCUACGGGUAUAUGCAUACAAUGUUGGCAGCAUAUCGAUGAUUUCCAUAAUUUUCAGCAGUCCGUGCACAAUGCACAAAUGAAAUUUGAACAGGACAUUAACGAAAUCGCAACUAAUAUCAAAUUGGAAAACGGUUUAGCGGCAGAAAUGGAAACCUCAAAUGACAAUAUAAGUUUUAACGAAGAUGGAACAAGAGAAAUCUGUUUAACACAGUUAGAUAUAAUAGAGGUGAAAAACGAAGAUUCUUUCGCACUUGAAGAGAACAUGGAAGAUGACAACAACCUGAAAAUGGAUUUGUUGGAGGUGUUACCCAAACGAACAAGAAAAAAGACCAAACUAACGGAAAUAAAAGAUGAAAAUAAAAUAAAUGUAAAACGUGUAAGACAAGAAAAAGUAGCAGCCACUCCAAAAAGAGGUCGAACAAAAUUAUCACGCAAAGCCGCAAAAAUUUGUCAGGAGAAGUUAACAAAUAAUACUAAACCAAAAAACACAAAAAUUCCAAACCAUUCACAGAAUUUUUCAUUAAAUUGUAAUGAAAAUGAUAAUGAUAUUAACAUGGAAGAUUAUACAAAGAUAGUGAACAAAUAAGCAGUGAAAAUCAGAACAAUAAUUCCAAUUCAUCAA